AGUAGUCCAUAGAAUUUCCAUCGCGCGAUACACUCAUAUCACUCAGGAUGAAGCAUCUUGCGUUACUCUGCAUUUUCAUGCUAUUCGUGCAUUACUCAGUGCAGGUUCCUAAAUACGAAAACUGCCUCAGUGAGGUGCUUCCCGCAGGAGAUCGGGAAAGAUGCAUAAAAGUGACAUGCACGGGCAAUAAGUAUAACAUAGAGGAAUGCAGCUGCAAUGUAAGAACGAAGAGCUUACAUCUUGGAGAACGUCAUUCUGAAUAUCCCACUUGCUGUCCGCGAUGUAGAAACUGAUUUGAUGUAAACGCUCAGCGAAAGUCUAACCAGGUUCUGAUGCGACCAAUACAUAGAUAUAUUAAAUAAUAUAUUAAAUAAUAUAAUAUAUAUAAUAUAUAUAAUAUAUUUAAUAUAUCUAUGGACCAAUACCAAAACAAUACAAGAUUAUCUUUGGUUUUUAUUUUUUUUAUUCAAAAUACGCUUUUUCUGAGUCAGUACAACGCUGGAAGCAAUUGAAAAACUUUUCGAGACAAUCACUGCACUUCGUUUUCGGAACUUCCAAAAAUCGCAGUCGAAGACCUUGAGAUGUUUUGAAUUUUGUCGCAACGUUUUCCUGUCAUCGCCAACUUGAGUUUUGGGAGUAGCCAGAAAUCACAUAGAACCAAAUCAGACAGAGAAGUCAAAAUAAACUCCGAAUACGGGGAAUGUUUAAGUACUUUGAUGUCUUUUCUGGAAAUCACGUACUUGGAUUGUGCAUUUGCAUUAUCGUGCAGAAGCCAAGAUUCUUGCUCUUGUUAUUCAGAAGUCGAAGAAUCCUGUUCCACCAAGGAUUCAAAACGUCCAAAUAAUACUUACCGUUCACCAUUUAACUUUCCGGUAUGAAUUCCUUAUGAACUAUUCCUUUCGAAUUGAAGAAAACGAUGAACAAUGUCUUGAUUCAGCUCUUUUGCAUGUGCACUUUCCUCUGCCGUUUUGUGAAUGGUUCAUAUUGAAAAUAUCAUAUUUUGUUACCAGUUACGACAUUUUUCAUGCAAUCCAGAUCAAUCUUUGUCGCUGCUAGCGUGUCUUUGCAGUGUGAGUCAAAAAGAUUCUGACGUCUUUUUGAUCCUCCAGCGUGUACGAAGCAUGUUUUUCGACGAGCAUCAAUAAGAUACUGUUAUAUUUAAAGUCAGAACUAAUGACACAGCAUGUCAGCGCCUUGAAAUUUUGAAUGGCCGUAGCUAAAAUGUCAAGCUUCCUAACGCAACUCAUUAAGAGAUAGUGCUGGAGAAAAAAAGAUUCAAAAAAUUAGUCGCACUAGGGCCUGGACAAACCGUGUAUAACGUAAAUUCUUCCAAACGUAACUUUAUAAAUAUUAUGUAUAUGUAUAUGUUAUGUUAUUAAUUACUUUGUGAAUAAUACUUUGUAAAUAUACUUUGUGAAUAAUUAUGUAUAAAUUAUAAAUAAAUGCACACUGGUUCAAU